UAUGUCAGCCGGUUUGCACACAAGUUCAGUUUGCUGAUGAAAGUACGGGGUGCAGGUCCAUGUUUGCGCAAACUCAAGGAUGACAUGGAUCCAGUUAUGGAGCGCAUCGAACAUCGCACUACGGCGGUGCAGAAGCAGCCUAGUGCGUGGAUGAUCGAUGAUCACUGGCAUCUUGUGCAUGGCAAACACAGAGGUGCUGCU